AUCAACAUGGGAGAUGUUGAAGGACUAGCAAGGGCAGGUAGUGAGGACAUGAAGAAGCUACGCACGCAGAGUGAAGGGCCUAAGGCGAAGUUCUUAUGCGACAAUGCUCGACCGGCCACCUUAUCUGGCAAAGCAGGCGUGCAUCAGCUCGCGAUCGACGGCCAGCUGUAUAACAGGCUACAGCUAUUCUGUAAAGCACACGGAGUAACUCCCUUCGUCGUCCUCCUCGCGGCUUUUAGAGCCACACAUUAUCGUCUUACCAGCCAAGACGACGCGACAAUUGGUGUUGCCAAUGAUAAUCAAGAAUGUUGGGAACUCAAAGAUAUGAUUGGAUACUUUGUCAAUAUACAGUGUAUUCGAACGAAGAUCAGAGGGGAGACCUUUGAACAGUUGGUGCACCAGGUUCACAAGGUAAUGGUUGAUUCGUUUGCCAACCAGGACGUUCCCUUUGAAAGCGCUGUCUCCAAGCUACAGAGGGACAGAGAUCUCUCUCAUCACUCCCCAGCGCAAGUAAUGGUCAAUUUUCAUUCACAGAACCGCCUAGGGGAGCUUAUCAUGGAAGGGGUGGAGACCAAGGUCGCACAUAGCCCACCAACCUCACGGUUCGAGCUUGAGCUCCAUAUUUAUCAGGAGGAACAUAGCCUGUGGGGCCAUGUACUGUUUUCGACGGAUCUCUACCGUGCAGAGACCGUUUCUUCCUUGGUUUCUAUAUUCCAGACCUUUCUUGAGAAGUGUCUCGACGAGCCGAAGACGAAAAUAGUGUCCGCACCGCUUCUAACAAAGGAAGCCUACACCCAGCUCGAUCAGAUGGGCCUCCUUCAUUCGAAUGAAACGGAGUAUCCCCGGGACUCGAGCGUUGUUGACCUUUUCCGCCAGCAAGCUACUGCUUACCCCUCCAGGAUCGCUGUCAAGGACCCGUCGACAAAGAUGUCCUAUGCCCAGCUGGACGUGCUUUCCGAUGGUCUGGCUCAAUGGCUGUCCACUAAGUCGCUUGCGACCGAAGCACUGGUUGGUGUUAUGGCGGAUCGGAGCUGCCAGACAAUUGUGGCUCUGCUGGGUAUCCUCAAAGCUGGUUUGGCAUAUCUGCCGUUUGACAUCAAAAUCCCGGAAGCACGGAUGAACACGAUUCUCUCAUCCAUUAAAGGUGAGAGACUUGUUCUGGUAGGGGAUGGUAUUGAACCCCCCGAGCUCGGGAUCGGUGGCGUACAGUUUGUGCAAAUCGCAGAAGCCGUGGCAGAGAGUGUUAUCGACCAGCCGAUUGUCAAGCCGUCGAAUGCACCUGUAAAACCUUCAGCUACCAGUCUUGCGUAUGUUAUGUUUACUUCAGGCUCCACCGGCCGACCGAAGGGAGUCAUGGUGGAGCAUCGCGGGAUCGUACGGCUGGUGAAAGGCGGGAAUCUUUCGCAGCUCUUGCCACCCUCUGGCGUCAUGGCCCAUAUCGCGAACCUGGCCUUCGACGCCUCGACGUGGGAGAUUUACGCCACGAUUUUGAAUGGUGGCACGUUGGUAUGUGUUGACUACAUGACAGUCCUGGAUUACCACAGUUUGGGAAACAUCUUUGCAACUGAAAGAGUCCAAACCGCUUUGCUUACCCCGGCUCUCCUAAAGCAGUGCUUGCUUACAUCACUGUCUACAGUUGGUGAUCUGGACACCCUCUUCGUAGGCGGAGAUCGAGCUGAUCAGAGGGAUAUGUCUACAGCGCGGAAGCUCGUCGCACACAACGUGAUCAACGCGUAUGGUCCUACUGAAAAUACAUUUUCAAGCACAAUAUUCCGCUUGGAGGAGGAAGAAACAUUCACUAACGGUGUGCCUAUUGGCCGCGCAAUCAGUAACUCCGGCGCCUUUGUCAUGGAUUCAGAACAGCGACUUGUGCCGCUUGGGGUAAUUGGAGAACUCGUCGUGACGGGAGACGGCCUAGCAAGAGGGUACACAGAUCCUGAGCGGGACAUCGAUCAUUUCAUCACCGUCACGGUGGGAGAUAAGAUCAUGAGAGCCUAUCGGACGGGCGACUAUGUCCGCUAUCGCCCUACUGAUGGCCAGCUGGAGUUUUUCGGUCGAAUCGAUGGACAAGUCAAGAUCCGAGGUCACCGCGUAGAGCUAGGCGAGAUUGAGCAUGUGCUUCGCGCGCACAGAUCCGUGUGCGAUGCAGUGGUAGUGCCGAAACAGAGCAAUGACGAUGAAAAGCAACUCAUGGGAUUUGUCACACUCGAGGAAGAUUUGGGAACGCCAGACGAACUGCCUAAAAACAAUGACCAGUUGCAGCUCGUGGACGCGUGGGAAGAUCGAUAUGAUUCGGAGACGUACGCGCAGAUUGAGAACUUUAGACCUGAAAUGAUUGGAAGAGACUUUGUCGGAUGGACCUCGAUGUACGAUGGCAGCGAAAUUGACAAGGCAGAGAUGUGUGAGUGGCUCGACGACACAAUGCACACAAUAUACAGCGUAGCCCAUGGACAGCCAGGAAACGUUCUUGAGAUCGGGACAGGUACCGGUAUGAUCCUCUUCAAUCUGCUCGAUGGCUUAAAAAGCUACAUCGGACUUGAUCCGUCUAAAAAAGCCGUCGAAUUUGUUGUAAAGACAGCCAGGACCAUCCCUUCGCUGAAAAACAAAGUACGUAUGUACAAGGCCACAGCUGCAGAGAUUUCCCAGAUAGAGCGACUAGAAUCGGUUGAAUUUGCUGUGCUCAAUUCUGUUGUACAGCACUUCCCCAGUCAGGAGUACCUUCUCGAGGUCGUUGAAGGCCUGCUUAAUCUGAAGGGCAUUAAGGCAAUUUUCUUGGGCGACAUUCGCUCGUACGCACUACACCGAGAGUUUCUAGCAACCAGAGCGCUACGGAUGGCCGGCGAUGGGGCGACCAAAGAAGGCAUUCGACGCUUGGUGGAGGAUAUGGAGCAGAUUGAGCGAGAGUUAUUGGUCGACCCUGGCUUCUUUACAGCCCUGCCAAGCCGCCUUCCCGAUUUAGUGGAGCACGUGGAGAUUUUGCCGAAGAGAAUGAAAGCAACCAACGAACUCAGUUGCUAUCGCUACGGCGCCGUCGUUCAUGUUAAAUCACGAGGGUGGCCCGAGCAAGAGAUUCGACAAAUUGGUCACGACGAAUGGGUGGAUUUCGAAGAACAUCAACUAAACCGCCAGUCUCUCCUGCAACAAUUAGUGAGCCUUUCAUGCUCAUCUACUAUGGCCAUAAGCAACAUCCCUCACAGCAAGAACACCUUCAGUAGAGGCCUUCUGAGUUAUUUGUAUGAUGACGAGGCUAGAAAGGUAGACUCAAAGCCAUGGAUCUCUUCGAUUCGCCAGGCAGCCGAGCAGACCCCGUCUCUUUCCGCGGUCGACCUGGUAGAGCUUGCGGAAGAAGCAGGCUACAUUGUGGAGAUCAGCUGGAACAGGCAGCAUUCUCAUAGCGGUGGUUUCGACGCUGUCUUUUAUCGAAAGAGCAGUGGCAGCAGGGUGAUGUUCAGGUUUCCUACCGACCAUGCAGGUCGACCGCAGCACAGCCUCAGCAGCAAGCCGUUGCGACAACAGCAUAUCAUAAAAGUUCAGAGCCAGCUGAAUGAGAUACUGCGAGUUCAACUGCCUGGAUAUAUGGUUCCCCAAUUUGUCCAUAUUCUCAAUAAGUUCCCUAUUAAUGUGAACGGCAAGGUAGAUCGGAAGGCGCUCGCGCAAAUCACUCAUACCCCAGAAGCUGCGGAGAGAUCCCUGCGGCAGCCGUCGACGGAAAAGGAGAAGACACUGCAGCGGCUGUGGGCGCAGGUGCUCGACAUUGAGGCGGACAGCAUCGGCCUAGAUGAUAGCUUCUUCCGCCUGGGCGGCGACUCGAUCGCGGCCAUGAAACUGGUAGCGGAGGCGCGCAGAGAGUGUCUCCAAGUGACUGUAACCGAUCUGUUUCGCAAUCACUCUCUUGCAAAUCUGGCAUUAUCUAGCAAGGCCAGCUCUUCAAUCACGCAUUAG